UUGUUAGAGAAAGGGAGAAGGUGGAACUGUAAUUGGUGGAAUAUUCAUAUUCACAUUCACAUUCAGUGAACAAUUUUCUUCUUCAGUGAAUGAAUACGAUAUGAAAUGAAAGCCUAAGCCCUAAUUCAAUUUUGACGCGAAUCAUCAACAGUAUCAUUGAGACUGGGUUCCAUCGAUAAUUUUGUUUUAAUGCGAACAUCCUAUAAUCUCCUUCGUUCUCGAUUUCGCCGCUCUCACCAACGACACUUUCACUGUUCCCUCGCCGUUGUUUUUCUCAAAGCAGAGCCUCUGCCGCACCCUCCACCAACCAUCGCUGCUUCACAUUUUCCUUUCAUAAGACCCUUCAAUGCUCAUUAUCACUACUCCUAUCAUCGCACUUUCUUUACUAGGGCUAAGCCAGUCAAGAACAUUGAAUUCAACGAUCGCCACAGUCAGCGAGCCGUCACAACUGCAUUGUGGUGUAACUUUCUUGUGUUUUCUCUCAAGUUUGGAGUAUGGUUAGCUUCUUCUAGUCAUGUAAUGCUAGCUGAAGUCGUGCAUUCUGUUGCUGAUUUUGCUAACCAGGCAUUACUUGCUUAUGGUCUAACUAGCUCGAGGCGUGCACCAGAUGCCAUUCAUCCUUAUGGUUAUUCCAAGGAAAGAUUUGUCUGGUCUUUGAUAUCUGCUGUUGGGAUAUUUUGUCUUGGUUCUGGUGCUACAGUUGUUCAUGGAGUUCAAAACUUGUGGACUGCACAGCCGCCUGAGAAUAUGCACUAUGCAGCUUUGGUGAUAUGUGGUUCAUUUAUCAUUGAAGGUGCCUCUCUUAUUGUUGCCAUACAAGCUGUUAAGAAAGGUGCAGCUGCAGAGGGAAUGAAAUUAAAAGACUAUGUUUGGCGUGGCCAUGAUCCUACAUCUGUUGCAGUGAUGACAGAGGAUGGUGCUGCAGUAACUGGCCUUCUUAUUGCUGGAGCAUCAUUGGUUGCGGUGAACGUUACUGGAAAUGCCAUUUAUGAUCCCAUUGGUUCAAUUGUAGUUGGCAACUUACUUGGAAUGGUAGCCAUAUUUCUUAUCCAGAGAAAUCGGCAUGCUUUGAUUGGUAGAGCUAUGGAUGACCAUGAUAUGGAGAAAGUACUUCAAUUUUUGAAAAAUGACCCGGUUGUAGAUUCCCUCUAUGAUUGCAAAAGUGAAGUCAUUGGGCCUGGAUUCUUCAGAUUUAAGGCAGAAAUAGAUUUUAAUGGAGUAAUGGUGGUGCAAAAUUAUCUUAAAAGGACUGGACGUGAUGAGUGGGCCAGACAGUUUCGUGAAGCUGCAAAGCGGAAGGAUGAUACUGCCCUAAUGAAGAUUAUGUCAAAUUACGGUGAGGAAGUAGUUACAGCUUUAGGAAGUGAAGUGGAUAGGUUAGAGAAGGAGAUCCAGAAUCUCGUUCCUGGUAUCCGUCAUGUUGAUAUUGAGGCCCACAAUCCAGCAGAGGCGACCUUGUCAAGUGAAAGUUCUCAAUAAAUUCGACAUAUUCUUCACAUUCUUUUAUAUUAGGGU